UCUACACAACUCUUCCCCUCUCUCUCUCUCUCUCUCUCUCUCUCUCUCUAGGCUCACAAAUAGCUCUUCAUUUUUUCAAAAUCUUUUUUCUGGGUCAUAAAUUUUGAAUUCAAACAUUCAAAAUCUUGCACUUUUGAAUAAUUUUGAAUGGUUUUGGCUACUGGGUAUUACAAAAGGUUCCAUUUUUGGAAGUUCUAACUGCUUUUUUAGAUUCUGGGUAUUGUUGAAAAUUAGUUAUUUUCAGUUGAUUUUGCUUAGGGUUAUAAUUUCAAACUGGUUGGUGGGGGGGUGUUUUUCAUCAUAAAGAACAAGGGUUGAAUUUUGUGGAAGAUGAGUCUGUUGUUCAAGGGGUGCAUUUUAUGGAAGUUCUUUGCAAUUCUUGAGAAGAAGUUUUGUGUUGCGAAAAGCUUUUACUUUUGGAUUUUCCAGAUUUUCAAUAGGUACUGUUUGGGCAGUUAACUAAGAGUUUUGGAUUGCUGUCUCUCAACUUUUUUCUACACUUUGCUCUGUUUUUUUCUCUAGCUUGGAGAUUUUGGAUAGUUUAGAAGAGUAGGAAAAUGGGCGGGGCAUCAUUGCCGCCCGGAUUUCGUUUCCACCCAACCGAUGAGGAAUUGAUUGGGUAUUACCUGAAAAGAAAAGUUGAGGGACUGGAGAUUGAGCUUGAAGUGAUUCCGGUGAUCGAUUUGUACAAAUUCGACCCAUGGGAGUUGCCAGAGAAAUCUUUUCUCCCCAAAAGGGAUAUGGAAUGGUUCUUCUUCUGUCCCCGGGAUCGGAAAUACCCCAAUGGGUCACGAACAAAUCGAGCUACCAAAGCUGGCUACUGGAAAGCCACUGGUAAAGACCGGAAAGUAGUCUGUCAGUCUUCUGUGACUGGUUACCGUAAGACCUUAGUUUUCUAUCGUGGACGAGCCCCAUUGGGAGAUCGAACAGAGUGGGUAAUGCAUGAGUAUCGCCUCUGUGACGAUAUUUCUCAAGGAUCACCAAGUUUUCAGGGUGGUUUUGCUUUGUGCCGUGUCAUUAAGAAGAAUGAUCACACACUGAAAACGAGUGAUGUUCAUGGAGAACCAAAAGCUAAGCAGGUUGGAAGUAGUUCGAGCAAUAUGAAUUUCACCUCAGCAGGAAUCUCAAAUGAGGCUGCGAUCAUUUCUGAUGACACACAUUUUCAAACAAGUUAUCCAUGCAAUGAGAGUAAUUAUUCUAGCACUAUCACUUCUCCAUAUCAGACAUCAAUGAUGGAGUGUGAACCGGCUUCAAUGGGGACUAAUCCUACAAGUCUCUGGGUCUCACCUGAUUUAAUUCUUGAUUCCUCAAAGGAGUACCCACAAGGACAAAGUGUACCUGGAUUCAACCCACAGUAUGAGUUUCCCAACUCCAUGAGUACAUGGCAGCCAUAUAAUCCUUAUGAAAUCUCUCCUAGUUCAUCAUACUCAAAUUUUACAGAGGAAGUUGAACUUGCUGAUGAUCUCAAUCGAUUUAGCAGCAUGUCACCUUACUCGGGAAAUGUGAACUACAUGGGCUUUCAUGGAAAUGAGGAUGUGUCAUAUGAAGGGUUUGGAACUUGGAACCAAACUCCAAUUUGCAGACAGAGUAGUGGAGAUGGAAGUUUGGGAGAACUUGGCAGUCUAUGGUCACAGGAAGAUAAUUUAGUUAUUGUGAUGUAAUACUCAGCCAAAAAUCAGGGCAAUCCUACUAGUUUUACCUUGUAAUAAGCUAGAAUGAGUGUCCAAGACAACGCCUUUUAUCGUUGUUCUUGGAGUGGGAAACCGUGAUCACUAACCCUUCUAGUAUCUCAAGCAGAAAGGAUUUGCUGCAAAAAUCCCUGAUAUGGUUAGUAUUGGUAUAGUAAGUGUUCAGUCUUUAUGGUUUAUGUUGUUACUUUUUGGGUAUCCCUAGUGUUGAUCACUUUUAUCGAUCGCACUGGUAGUUGGUGUAGCUUGAACUAUCUUCAUGUUAUAAAAUAAGAAUCUUGUAUGGAAGCUAUUCACUGUCAAA